GAUCAAGAUAAUGAUCAAAUAGAAGAAAUGGGGAUGUCCUCGGAUCAUCAACCAAGUCUUGAGCAAAUUCAAAGAGUUUAUUAUACUAGAGGUUUAGAAGAAUUAGAAAGUUUACAAUUAUUAGACUUAUCUCCUUUAGCAAAUUGGAAAUUAUCAUCUUUUAAGCAAGGUUGUGGGUUGACUCAAUUAAGAGAUGAUUCUCCUGAUACUUUGUGGCAGUCUGAUGGUAGUAACGGUAAUCAAAACUCUUCAAAUAAUGGAUUAAAUAAUAAUCAGUUAAGUAAUCCUCAUUCAGUAACAAUUCAAUUUUCUAAAAAAGUUUCUUUAGAAAGAAUAUCAAUUUUCACUAAUUUUUCUCUCGAUGAAUCUUAUACUCCUUCUAAAAUAAAAAUAAUGGCUGGUAGUUCAGGUUGGGAUUUAACUGAAGUUUGUACUGUAAAUUUUAAUAAGCCUAUUGGUUGGUCUCAUAUUAUUUUUAAUGGUAUACGAUCAGAUGGAGUUUUAAAAUGUUUUAUAGUCAAGCUAAUAAUCUUGGCUAAUCAUCAAGAUGGUAAAGAUUCUCAUAUAAGAGCAAUAAGGUGUUUUGGUAAAAAAUCUUUGAAACAACCUAAUAUUACUAAUUCAAAUUCAAUUUUACCAAAUAAUACUACUGAAAUUGAUGCAAGUAUGUUAAGUGGGUUAACCAACCAAUCAGGAAUUCUGUUGAAUCAUCGUAAUAAGGUCUCUGAAUUAGAUGAUGAUUCAAACAAAAUCUUGGGUAAUGUCGAUGAUAUUAUUGGGUUUAAUUCUGGAUUUCAAAGUAUUGAAUUGAAAAGUGUUUCAUCUAUUCGU